AUGGCACGAGCUGCUAAAACUAUGAUCGAUUUGUUAGAAGCUUGCCGGCGCAGUAAAUUUCUUCACUUUACGCUGAAUCAGACAGCUGUGUGUGGUCUGUAUCUAACCCCGACUGGUCAGAUGUUGGCUAACAAUUUGCACGCCGAAUGGAAUCAGUUCGGCAGCAGCAGUAGCGAUACGGUGCCGGUUUUUUUGGGUAAAAGUAAUCUCAACCUGCAGGAAAACGUUGUCAAUGUACAAAAGCAGAACAAAGCAUUGAAGCUCCCAUUUGGCGUAAUGAUGGAGGAAACGGGGAAGAACCUACUGGUACCGAUCGGUGAUACUUUCAUCCUGCACCUGCCAGAAACGGUACAACUUUGCACGACCUAUCUCUUACCAUCGUCGAGCGCAAACCAGUUUCUCUACCAACUGCAGCGACAGCGCAAGAUCUGGUGGAUGCGUUGGUCGGUCGAUCCGGGCCGGUACUUCAUCUCCGAUGUGCGCCACGACGAGGAAAGCAUCAGUAAUACCACAUCCGUAUCGAUCUGUGCCCGGUUCGUGGACAGGACAGAGUUGGAGUUAGACCAUCUGGAGCUAUCGUUGAUGCCGGAUGAUGGUGAAAGGAUCGUUAGCGAACCGUGCAACGCGAUCGUACGCGUUACGAACAAUUUGCACCGAACCACUCUUGCCAUCCUGAUGGACGCAUUGGAGGGUAAUGCAGCGUCGGAAGCGUGUGUUAAAAUUCAUCGCAAAAUAGCUCCUUACAAGUGUGCCAUUAUCUAUCAGCUGGAAAACCAGUGUGGCCAAGAUGAAAUUACGAUGGAGCAGAAUUUGAACGAUCUUUCGAAACAUCUGGAGUACGUACUGCGGGCCGCAAAACUUACCGUCCACCACGACGAUGAUGGUGUUUUCGGUCGAAUGCCACACGACCAUCAAAUAGCUGAGCUCGAUCAGAUCGGAGUGCCGUACAUUCUGCUGCUAAACGCCAAAACGCUUUACACCGGUCUGCUACGGCUUCGAUCUCGCGAUACUACCCUCUCUGAAACGAUACACAUAUCCGACCUGCCUAGCUAUUUAGUGAAAAUAAUACACGCCUAG